AUGGCGGCGGCGGUAGCUCUGGAACCCUGGCAGACGGCCGCUCCGCGGAAAAGGCGCUCAGCUGCGCGGCGACCGAAGCAGAGAGAAGCGACACCUCGGGACCCGGAGACGGAUCCCGAGACAGACAGUACGACAGUACUUCGUCGCAUCGAGGAGGCCCAGAGGGACCUUCUCGUGUCUGAUUUUUGGAGUUCAGCGCUAGAAACCAUCAACAGGUGUCUUGGGAAACAUGGGGAACAGCUGCCGACCCUUGAGAGGGCGCUUCCUGAAGCCCUCGGAAACCUCCAUCUUGAUGCGUCACCUGAGCCUGCUGUGGCCUGUGACAGUGUCCCUGGGGAGACCCCAGCCUCGGGCUCCUGCCUCUGGAAGUGCGUGUGCUACGGCCUUGGGAACUUUGCCACCUGCGUCAUUGCCAGGAACCAGCUGGCGUUUUUGCUGCUUUUGAUGGAGAAGUGCCAGAUCCCCAGGAGUCGCUGCUGCCUCUACGACCCUGUGUUCAGCCAGCUUGAGAUUGCAGUUCUUAACGCCCUGGGCAUGGCCGUGCUCGGAGAGAACGAGGAGGGGAAGCGGAGCGUCGGUGGGGAGCCCACCCUCUUCUACAUGCUGCACUGCGGGACGGCCUUGUACAACAACCUGCUGUGGAGCAACUGGUCGGCGGACGCCCUGUCCCGAAUGGUCAUCAUUGGGAACAGCUUCAGAGGCCUUGAGGAGAGGUUACUGACAAGGAUUCUGCAGAAAAAUUACCCGUAUGUUGCAAAGAUUUCCAAAGGCCUAGAAGAGCUUGAGCUCCCCGAGAUGCCACAGUACCUGGAUGUAUUUAAUGACACCUCUGUCCACUGGUUCCCAGCACAGAAGCUGGAAGGACUCCCCAGGGACACGUGGGAGUUCCAAGAAGAACCAGAUUAUCAGGACUGUGAGGACCUUGAAAUCAUCAGGAACGAGGCAAAGACCCUUGAGCCCCAGCCCUGA